CAUGUCCUGCUCUGAGAAGUGCCAGCAGUGCCAGCCCUGCAACCCUUGCUGCCAGCCCUGCGGCCCCUGCCCGCUGGCCAGCAGCUGCACUGAGUGCUGUGUCAGGCAGUGCCAGAGCUCCCACGUUGUCAUUCAGCCGCCUGCUGUGCUGGUGACCCUGCCCGGGCCCAUCCUCAGCUCCUCCCCACAGAACACCGCCGUGGGAUCUUCUACCUCUGCUGCUGUUGGCAGCAUCCUCAGCUCUGAGGGAGUGCCCAUCAGCUCUGGGGGCUUUGACAUCUCCUGCAUCACCAACUGCUGUGGUGGCAGCAGAUGCUGUCGUCCCUGCUAAACAUGCUGAUGCCAACAUCCUCAGGCAAGAACCUCCACAACCUCAGGACAUGCUGCGGGAAUGAAGACAGAACCUGAUUUAGAGCUUCAGAUUGUUCUUUCCUUCUUCUUCUCUUGCUCUCAUUUCCCUCUCCUCUUCCUUUCCUGUCUCCAACACUCAAUGUCAGCCAGUGGGACCUCUUGGCCUUCUUCCCUUGGCAGGCCCGGAUG